ACCAUGGGUUCGUGAGUGCACGCGUUGUUCGACUUUCCCGCCUCCCGUCGCGACCUUCUCCACCACUUCUCUCUCUCCCACUGACAACCACCUCGACACCCUUCCCAUCACCUCCACCACCCACCCCAUUGAUAAGCUUCGACCUCUUCCAUCCGCAUCUGGGCUUUGUCUCGUCUGGUCCAUCUCGACAUUUGCUGCGCAUCAUGGCUGAGGACAAGCCUGUUACCUCCACGCCUGCUGCCGACGCCGGCGAGCCGGCUGCUGAGCGCGCUCCUUCUGCUGGUCCCAAGGCGGGCGACGCAGCGCCAGAGGCCCCUCAAGAAAAGGAGACUGAAAAGGCCAAUGAAUCUGAACAGAAGGCAGAAGAACAAACAAAUGCCGCCGAAGAGAAGAAAGAAUCAACUGAAGCUCCAGCUGAGGAAGCCAGCGCGUCCGCUGAGACUGCCGACGCGAAGAAACCCGAAGAGAGCGCCGCUGCGCCUGCAGAGUCUGAGGCCGCUCAAGCACCGGACGCUAAUGGAACCACCGCGUCGGCCAAGAAGGGUGGAAGCGCGAAGCGCAAGUCCACUGGCGGCGACCAGAAGAAACUGAGCAGAAAGAAGUCGCAAGUUCGCGUCACCCAGCUUCACGCGAAGCCUGGCGAGUACUAUCUCGCACGCCUCCGGAGCUUCCCCCCAUGGCCUUCGAUCAUUUGCGAUGAGGAGAUUCUUCCCCAGACCCUGCUCAGCACGCGUCCGGUGACGGCAAUGCGGUCCGAUGGAACCUACAGGGAGGACUACGCGGAUGAGGGCAAGCGAGCUCACGAGAGGACUUUCCCCGUCAUGUUCUUCCAAACCAACGAAUUUGCUUGGAUUCCCAACACAGACUUGACCCCCACUACCCCAGCUGCUUGUAAGGAGGUUUCUGAGAAGGGUAAGUCGAAACUUCUCUUGGCUGCUUUCGCCGUGGCUUCGGAGGGCCAUGACCUUCAACAUUUCAAGGACCUGCUCGCAGACCACCAGCGUGCGAUGCAGCAGGAGGAUGAGGAAAGAGAAGCCAACGCUGCCGCAAAGGCCGCUGCUAAAGCAGAAAAGGAUGCCAAGAAGAACAAGCGGAAGAGCAUGGAGAUUGUCGACGAUGCAGAGGAUGUCGACAUGGAAGACGCAGAGGAGACUAAGAAGCCUAAGAGCACAAAGAAGCGAAAGAAGGACACCGAAGCUGACGCUGAAGCUGACAAGACCCCCAAGACUGGUACCAAGUUGAAGUUGACUACCCCCAAGAAUCCCGCGAGCGAAACAAAGAAGACUCCUGCCAGUAAAGCAAAGGCUGGCGGUAAGAAGAACAGUAAAGCAGCUGCCAGCGAUGAGGGCGAAGACACUGGUGCCGAGUCCAAGGAGCCAGAGAAGCAGAUCGAUCCGCAAGAGCUGAAGCAAAAGAGAGAGAAAGAGAUUCUUUAUAUCCGCCAUAAGCUCCAGAAGGGCUUUAUCUCCCGUGACCAACCCCCCAAGGAGGAGGAAAUGACCACAAUGUCCGGCUACUUCACAAAGCUGGAACACUAUGCCGAUCUGGAGGUCUCGAUUAUCCGCUUGACUAAGAUCAACAAGGUUCUCAAGAUGAUUGUCAAGCUUAACUCCAUUCCUCGCGAUGAGGAAUUCAACUUCCGACGACGUGCCGUGGAUAUUCUGUCCAAGUGGAAGAAUGUGCUUGACCCCGCUGAUGAGAAGGACGAUGCAAAGCCCAAGGCUAACGGUGUCCACAAGGAGGACAGCGUCGAUACCCCCGUUAAGGCCGAUGCUGAGGAGGAGAAGGAAAAGGAGAGCGAGACUAAGCAGACUAAGGCCGAAUCGGCUGAGCCCCAGGAUGAACCGAUGCCCGACGCAGAAGCUUCAGAAAAGCAGGCCCCUGAGGCAACUAAAGAACAAUCAGAGAAGGAAGCGGAAGCUCCUAAAGAGGCUCCUAAGGAGAAUGAAAAGACGGAAGAGAAGGCGUCGGAAGAAAAGACAGGAGAGGAAAAGUCGGCAACGGAAGAAAAGAAAGAAGAGAAGACUGCAGAAGCAGCAGCAUAAACAUGAAUCUAUCUUCUUCAAAUUGUUGUCUCUGAGCACUUUUCAACUAUCUGUUUUUCGAGUGCUGCCUUAUCGUUUUCAUUUCUUUUAUCCAAUGUCUUGGUUCUCUGCUGGUCUAUUGUGCGUUGUUGUUCACCCCCGUCUGUUUAAUUUACUUUUAUUCUCCUUGAUUUAUUUUUGGUAUCAAGCGACGAAGCUGGGAAAUGGAGAAAUACAAAAAGCCUUUAUUCCCUCCUUGCCCCUCUGGGUUCCAUCAAAAUUGCCAUUGUUUUCUUUUUUGUACAUCUACCACUGCUGUAUGGCAAUGGGACUUUGUCGGAGGAGUGAGCGACUCUUUCUUUUCAUUCCGAUUUUGAUACGAGAAUGAUGAAAUAAGAAGUGUUCUCUAUAUCUUAUACUCUUAUUUAGGAUGGUAGGGAUGAA